AUGUAUUUUGCAUCAUAUGGGGGUCAUACCGAGGUUACCCGACUGAUUCUUGAGGGAGGUGCGGACCUUGCAGCCAAAGAUAAAGUUGGAAUUACUUCAUUACACUAUGUUUCGGUAAAGGGGCAUGCUGAGGUGAUCAAGUUGCUUCUUGAGGAAGGCACGGAGAGAGAAUCGGCCACGAAAGAUGUUGACAUGUUGCCUCUAUCAACGCCAUAUGAUGGUCAUGAUGCCCCUCCUCGAUACUCUAGCAACAACGCUGAGAUUCGAGAUAGAUACGGCCGGCCACCACUUUUCUAUGCUGCUGGACAAGGCCAUAUCGAAGUGGUGGAUAUGCUCAUUUCUAACGAUGCUUCUGUGGAUGCCACAGAUUGCUAUCUAUGGACCCCAUUGUUUUUGGCAGUAAUGAAUGAGCAAGAAGAAAUAGUCAAAGGUCUGAUUACUUUGCCGAAAAUUGAUGCCAACCACAAAUAUGGCUUGGGUCGAACUUUAUCCUGGUGGGCAGCAAGAAGCGAAACCCAUGGAAUCAUCAAAAUGGUUCAUCAAUGGGCUAAAGAACCUUACGAUGAUGUUGUGAAAACUAUCCCCACCAAGGCAUGUCCCAAAACUGAGUCCGGCCAGUUUAGGCCUUAUAAUGCGUGCAUGCGAAAUCUAAUCUCCAAGAGUGCCACUUACACGUGCGGUCUUUGCGGUUAUCUUGAUAUCUGUCAGGAAUGCUUCAAUUUGGACAUUCAAUGCUUAGAUUCCUCUCAUAAAUUAACUUCCAAUCAGCCCCAUGAUUGA